GAGGGGCGGGGAGCAGCGUCCAGUGUGCACCCAGUGAGCGUAAGCUUGUGGUGUGGAGCUGGAGAGGAGAGGCAAGAGUGGAAGAGAUGGGCUCACUUCUAUGAAUCACAACCUGCAGGCAAGCAUCCCGGACACCUUGGAGGACAAAAUAAUUUGAGGUUUUUUUUCCCCCUUUUUUUUUAAAGGGAGGAAUCUGCUCAUGUUUGAGUCUGCAGCUGCCAACACCAGCAACGAGGAGCGAGAUCGUGCGACCUGCUGUGUGCAAAUCUGCACUGAUAGAAUGCAUCAGAAUAAUUACGUACCUGAACUUGUAGCUGAGAAAAACACUUUGGAACCUCAGUUUGGGCAUGCUCUGCGCCUGCUUGCAGAAGAAAUUGAAAAGCACGAAGGUGAUGAACUGCAAAAAGAUGGUAUCAUGAAGAAAUACCUUGAUAUUAUCAGCAAUAAAAACAUAAAGCUGUCGGAAAGAGUUCUCAUCCCAGUGCAGCAGUAUCCAAAGUUUAAUUUUGUCGGAAAGCUACUGGGGCCUCGGGGAAAUUCCAUGAAAAGGCUACAAGAAGAAACCGGAGUCAAGAUGUCCAUCCUCGGAAAAGGGUCCAUGAGGGAUAAAGCAAAGGAAGAAGAAUUAAGGAACAGUGGCGAGGCCAAAUACGCACAUCUGAGUCACGAUCUUCAUGUUUUAAUUGAAGUCUUUGCUCCACCGGGUGAAGCCUAUUCCCGCAUGAGCCACGCUUUGGAGGAGAUUAAAAAAUUCCUUGUUCCAGACUACAAUGACGAGAUCAGACAGGAGCAACUACGAGAGCUAUCACUAUUAAACGGUUCUGAUGAGUCCAACAGAGGCAGAAAUGCACAAGGAAGGAGCAUUAGGACAACCACCACAGUAUCCACCAGGGCCCGCAGGAACACAGGAAGGAGCACAGUAACACCUCGGGGGACGGCUGCCGCGACACACAGCAAGCCCACUGCAUCUGUUUUAACGAGGGAAGCUCAAACUCCGAGAGCCAGGGGAGCGGCAGUAACAGCAAUUGGAGGGUACCGACCUCCACUGUUAGCCGGCACACAUGACUCAUACGACGACUAUGGUUACGAUGAUGGAUAUGGCGGAGAAUAUGAUGAUGACAGCUACGAUGCCUAUGACGAAAACUACAGCAAUCACUCGAAGAGCAUCUCCGAAUAUUACGAAUAUGGGCAAGGAACAAAUGAUGACUCCUACAACAACUAUGAAGAGGAGUGGCCCACUUCCCGUCCCAGUCUCAAAGCUCCACUUCUACAGCCGACAAGAGGUGGAUACAGAAAACAUCCCUAUAGUCGAUACUGAAGGUGCUCCACACGGGACCUACAAUCUAUUAAAUUGUUUCUAUUUCAAACCAUGUUUGCCCAUUCCAGAUAACGACUUAAAGCAGUGGCUAUUCAAAACAAGAUGCAACAGACAAAAAUACUUUAGCAAUAUGUCAAAGGCAAUUCAGCUCACACAGUGAGUCUGGGGAGAACAGAUCGCUGCAUAAAUUAAAUUGGGAAAAUCAGUGUGUUAAAGAAACCAGGUGUAAUUAUUAUUAUCGAAAUUGAUCUCUGAUAAGUAUCGGUGUGCGUUGAUGAAUUGUUCUGGUGUCAAAACCCGCUGUGAUCAUUAAAAAAAAAAGAAAAAACAAUGGUUUUAAUUUGUUACUGAAAUGACUUAUCGGAAACACUUUGGAAAUUCCCUUCUGCCAAGCAGAUACAUUUGUUUUAUUGAUUGCAUUCCAAUAAGUGGAGAAAAAUCUUUGUACACAAAUGUAAAUGAAAAAAAAAAAUCAGAUUUCGUUUUUUACUAUUUAUUUGUGUUUUUUUAUUUAUUUAUUGCCUCUAAUCCCAUGAUAAUCAAGCACCAGAUGUUACAGUAGUUUUCCCCUGGUGGUGAGCAAUUUUGUGACUUGCCAAUAAAUCCAAACGGUUAAAAUCCACCCUCACUCCCCAUGAAAAAUGAAUAAUAUGACUUUUCAGCUCCACUUUUGGUUUGAAACUAUAGCCACAAUUUUGUCAUUGCAGGUUUGUGAUCACUGUAUAGCUUGAAAGUAAAUGCAUGGUUUGCCCAAAACAACAGGAAAGAGAAAGUACUAAAUCAAAGAAAACAUUCUAAAUGACCGCAGUGUUUCCCUUUACAUGAUGAUAUUGUGUUAAAAAGGUCUAAUUAGGUCUAAUCACAUCUUUUUUUAUUUACCACCGUUUUUCUCUGUCGUUGAAACAAGCAAUGUACAGUGUUUACUUUAUAAUUAGUGCUUUUAUUCUGUGUGUCCAAUCUGUCUUUGUACAUAAAGUAUUUAAUAAAAAUAAACAUAAACCAUGUGUAAGAUUCUCUAAAUACAA